AUGCGGCUGAAGCUGGGCUUCCUGCUGCGCGCCGUGCUGCUGGCGGGCAGCUUCUUAGGGCUGCUGCUGCUCUGGUCCUCGCUGUCGACCCGCGCCGAGGAGCCGGAUCUCCCGGGACGGACGCGGGAUGACAAAGAAGCCAACAGACCCCUGCCAAACAAAGGACUAGGAAAUGAGAAGUUCAAACCUGUGGUACCUUGGCCUCAUGUUGAAGGUGUGGAAGUGGACUUGGAAUCCAUUCGAAGGAAAAAUAAGGCCAAAAAUGAACUAAAUCAUCAUGGUGUUGAUAACAAGCAGCAAAAUAUCAUCCAGAGGCAGUAUCUCACAUUUAAACCUCAGACAUUUGUAUACUCAGAUCCUGUGUUACGACCUGGAGUCCUUGGCAAUUUUGAGCCCAAAGAGCCUGAGCCUCAUGGAGUUGUUGGUGGCCCUGGAGAGGAAGCAAAGCCGUAUGUUUUGGGACCAGAUUACAAAGAAUCAGUUCAAGCCAGCAUUAAAGAAUUUGGGUUUAAUAUGGUGGCAAGUGAUAUGAUCUCAUUAGAUCGGAGCGUUAAUGACUUGCGUCAAGAAGAAUGCAAAUACUGGCAUUAUGAUGAUAACCUGCUCACCUCCAGCGUUGUCAUAGUCUUCCAUAAUGAGGGAUGGUCCACACUCAUGAGGACAGUCCACAGUGUCAUCAAGAGAACACCAAGAAAAUACUUGGCAGAAAUCGUUCUGAUUGAUGAUUUUAGCAACAAAGCACACUUACAAGAGAGGCUGGAUGAAUAUAUAAAGCAGUGGAACGGCCUUGUAAAGGUAUUUCGAAAUGAGAGGAGAGAAGGUUUGAUCCAAGCCAGAAGCAUUGGAGCCCAGAAGGCUAAACUUGGACAGGUUUUGGUUUAUCUUGAUGCCCAUUGUGAGGUGGGAAUUAAUUGGUAUGCACCGCUUAUAGCUCCUAUAUCUAAGGACAGAACCACAUGCACUGUGCCGCUUAUAGAUGUCAUAGAUGGCAACACUUUUAAGAUUGUGCCCCAAGGGGGUGGUGACGAAGAUGGGUUUGCUAGAGGAGCGUGGGAUUGGAGUAUGCUAUGGAAGAGGGUUCCCUUGACCAAGAGAGAGAAGGAAAGCAGAAAGACAAAAACUGAACCGUAUCGGUCCCCUGCAAUGGCUGGUGGAUUGUUUGCCAUUGAACGUGAUUUCUUCUUUGAACUGGGUCUCUAUGAUCCAGGGCUUCAAAUAUGGGGUGGUGAAAAUUUUGAAAUUUCUUACAAGAUCUGGCAGUGUGGGGGAAAACUGCUGUUUGUUCCUUGUUCUCGUGUUGGACACAUCUAUCGUCUGAAGGGCUGGCAAGGAAAUCCACCCCCUGUGUAUGUUGGGUCUUCUCCUACUUUAAAGAACUAUGUCAGAGUUGUAGAGGUGUGGUGGGACGAAUACAAAGAUUACUUCUAUGCCAGCCGGCCGGAGACGAAAGCGCUGCCCUAUGGGGAUAUAUCUGAGCUGAAAAAAUUCCGUGAAGAUCACAACUGCAAAAGUUUUAAGUGGUUUAUGGAAGAAAUAGCAUAUGAUAUAACUUCAUAUUAUCCCUUACCAGCCAAAAACGUGGACUGGGGAGAGAUUAGAGGCUUUGAAACCUCUUACUGCAUCGACAGCAUGGGGCACACCAACGGGGGCUUUGUUGAGCUUGGGCCAUGCCACAGAAUGGGAGGAAAUCAGCUUUUCCGAAUCAAUGAAGCCAAUCAACUCAUGCAGUACGAUCAGUGCUUAACUAAAGGACCAGAUGGAUCCAAAAUUAUGAUUACACACUGUAAUCAGAAUGAAUUGAAGGAGUGGCAGUUCUUCAAGAAUCUGCACAGAUUUACUCACAUUCCAUCAGGGAAGUGCUUGGAUCGCUCCGAAGUCCUCCAUCAAGUUUUCAUUUCAGAGUGUGACUCCAGUAAAGCAACACAAAAAUGGGAAAUGAACAACAUCCUUAGUCUGUAGACAGACAAAACCUACCUACUGAUGCAUUAAUUUGUACAGGACUGAG